GCUCUCUGCUUGCACAGCGGGUAGAUCUGUUCCAGGAAAGCAGCUGAUGCUGGGCAUGACGUGCAGCUUACCAUGCUAGAGGGUGGAAAGAUAAGGCCCUUGGAUUGUACACAGUAAAUGCAACUUAUGGAGAUACCAUUAUUAUGCCUUGUCGUCAAGAAGUACCAGAUGAUCUUAUGUUUGGAAAAUGGAAAUAUGAAAUGACCAAUGAAUCUCCAGUAUUUAUUGCCUUCAGAUCUUCAACAAAAAAAAGCGUGCAUUAUGAUGAUGUACCAGACUACAAAGGCAGGUUGAGUCUUUCAGAAAAUUACACUUUAUCCAUCAAGAAUGCAAGGAUCAGCGAUGAAAAGAGAUUUGUAUGUAUGCUAGUAACAGAGGACAACGUUUUUGAAGAGCCUACGAUAGUCAAAGUGUUCAAACGACCAUCUCAACCAGAAAUAUUGCAUCAAGCAAACGUCCUAGAAACAGAGAAGCUAAAAAUGCUUGGGGAAUGUGUUGCGAGAGACAGUUAUCCAGAAGGCAACAUUACAUGGUACAAAAAUGGAAAUGUUUUGCAUCAUGAUGCAGGAGCCGUGGUCAUACGUUUGGAAAAUACAGUGGACAGAUCAACUGGACUCUUCACUAUGACAUCGUCUCUUCAAUAUAAGCCAAAAAAGGCAGAUGCUAAGGCACAGUUUUCCUGUAGUGUGACAUACAAUGGACCAUCAGGAUCAGAAACAAUACAGUCUGAAUCACUAGUCUUUGAUGUUCAUUAUCCUACAGAGAAGGUGACAAUUCAAGUGCUGUCACAAAGCAGUACCAUUAAAGAAGGUGAUAACAUCACUCUCAAAUGCUCAGGAAAUGGUAACCCCCCUCCUCAGGAGUUCUUGUUUUACAUUCCAGGAGAAACAGAAGGCAUAAGGAGCUCAGAUACUUACAUAAUGACAGAUGUGAGGCGAAAUGCAACAGGAGAAUACAAGUGCUCUCUGACUGACAAAGACCUGACGGGUUCAACCACCAUCACUGUGCACUAUUUAGAUCUGCAGCUUAUUCCUAGUGGAGAAGUUACUAAGCAAGUAGGAGAGGCUCUGCCAGUAUCAUGUACUAUUUCUUCCAGUAGAAAUGCAACGGUGCUUUGGAUAAAGGACAAUACUAGAAUGCAGACAACUCCAUCAUUUUCAAGUCUACAGUAUCAAGACGCUGGAAACUACAUCUGUGAAACUACAUUACAGGAGGUUGAAGGGUUAAAGAAAAGAAAAACACUCCUCCUUACUGUAGAAGGAAAACCUCAAGUCAAAAUGACAAAGAAAACGUCUCUAAAUAAAGCAUCUAAAACCAUCAUCUGCCAUGUGGAGGGUUUCCCCAAACCUGCCGUACAAUGGACAAUCGCCAGUACUGGAACUGUGAUAAAUCAAACAGAGGAGACCAAAUAUGUUAAUGGAAAAUUUUCCAGUAAAAUUGAAAUUGCUCCUGAAGAGAAUGUUACAGUAACCUGCGUUGCAGAAAACCAGUUAGAAAGAACUGUGACCUCUAUGAAUGUGUCUGCUAUAACUUUUCCAGAAACCGAUGAGGCAGAGGAUAGAAAUGAUGACAAUACAGAAAAGGUUAAUGACCAGGCAAAGCUAAUAGUGGGAAUCGUUGUUGGUCUCCUGCUAGUUGCUCUGAUUGCUGGCAUUGUCUACUGGCUUUAUAUGAAGAAAUCAAAGACAGCAUCAAAACAUGUAGACAAAGACCUUGGAAAUAUAGAAGAGAAUAAAAAGCUAGAAGAAAACCAUCAUAAAUCUGAAGCUUAAAAGACAAAACAUGUCAGUCGUCAUUCCAGAGAAUACAUAUAGAACAAUUGAAGCAUGAACGUGGAUUGUAUUUAAAACAUAUACAAAGAAGUGACAGCUAUUCAUGGUUCAAGUAUUAAGCGGAUCAUUCUACCAAGUUUUCAAAGGAUUUUAGACACAAUUAUCUCAAGUUUAAAAGAAAAUCAAACUAAUUUUGGCAAUAGCCAUGAGAAUAGGUCACCAUGUUGUGUUCUGUUUGAAUAUUUUUUUUUUUGUAAAUGUCUGCACUGAGGAUUUCUUUUUGUUUGCCUUUAUGUAAAUUUUUUACGUAGCUAUUUUUAUACACUGUAAGGCUUUGUUCUGGGAGUUGCUGUUAAUCUGAUGUAUAGUGUACUGUUUUUAUUUCAAUUGUUUUUAUGACGCCCUUUGAGCAGGUACAUUUCUAAUUCUGAUUGUCAUCAGAAAAAAAUACCUUUGCUUUGUAUAGCAAGCAUCUAAAGCAUAAGAUUGUCUUAUGGGAAAAUGUCAAGCUCUUUUUCAUUUCUUGAAAUCACUGUAACAAGCAAGAGACAGCUAUGACGAAAGGUAACUAAAUUGUUUGUGAAAGUAAACAACAAAAGCCAACUGACCAGAAAGGGAAUAAACCGUUUCCAAAAAGAAAGCUGGGUAUUUAACAAGGAGCUUACUACAAAAUCCUUGUUAGCCUGUGUACAAAUGGCUGCUAAUAAUUCCUUUUCUUCGAGAGUGAAACACAUUUUAUUGAUGCUUUGGAAAAGUAUUGAUUGUUCUCAGUUUCAUGAUAGAUAUAGUGUAAGUGACUGGACUUCUGAAUUUGUUUUAAAUUCUUUUGGUUUUCCACUGCCUUAAAAGUACUUUAUCUUUUUUGCAUUUCAGAAAAGAUAUCAAUCAGAAUUGGAGACUUUUUAAAACAGUGGUCAUAUCAAAGCUACAUUUUUUUCCCCACAAAAAUAGAAUAUAUAUUUUUUGUGUGUUUUUGUUAACUACGCUACAAAUAUUGAAUGCACCUUGAGAUAAUUUUAGUGUUUUUAACUGGUACAUAAUUUAUCAAACAGUACAUAUAAUUGUAACAAUGAAAUGUCUAUGUAUCUUUAGUUACAUUCAAGUUUGUAACUUUAUAAACAUGUUUUAUGCUUGAGAAAAUUUUUAGAAUGGUAGCAAAAAGGAAACAUUGAGGUAGAUGGCCACUAUUUAAGAUGAAAGUUACAAGUUUCUCUCUUAAGGAGAAGAUUAGUUUCUGGGAAAAUGUAAUAGACAAUUUUGAUAAGAAGGGGAAAAUAAGUAAGCAGAACAUCAGGUUUCCAUUUACAAAAGUGAUCCAGGGAAAAGCAAGUUUUUAUAGACUGGUAGGCAAAAAAUUAAAAAAAUGGAAAUUAGGAAAUGUAUUUUGCCACUUUUGCAUUGUUUAGGAAAAAAGCACUGUUACUCGUAAAUUUGUAAAAUGUUAAGUGUCUGGGCAAUAGUGACUGAUGUCUUAAUAAAAGCUUCCUGUAGUGCAUUGGCAUGGAUUAAAUACAUAAAAUGUCCUAUAAACCCAAUACUGUAUAAAAUUAGGGGGGAAACCCUGUUAUAUUGCCUCUAAACUUUGAAUUGUUAAUGUUUUAUUUGGCAAAAAGAAAAAAAUAAUCUUGGUCAACAUUUAAACCAAAGUAAAAUGGGGGGAAAAAACCAAAGUAAUCUGUUCUGCAUGGCUAAGCCAUUAUGUUAUCUCUGUAAAUAUUGUGAUUUUUUUUUUUUUUUUAGAAUUUUGUUAAAAAAAUUCUAAAAUUUUUAAACACCUGUUUUCCAAAAUAAAACAUGAACACACAAAUUACUUUAUAUACAAAUAUAUCUUUUUCUUUUGGUGUGAAAACACUACCAAGUGAUUAUACAUUUGAAAAACAGUGUGAGACUCUUGCAAAAGAAAAAAAGUUGUAAUGGAAUAACCGUGGUUUUAAAUAUGAUAUAUAAAAGACUUGAUUUAACACUACAAACAGUUCUGAAAUACAGAACUGAAAUGUUUAAGGCUGAUAAGAAAAGCUAUAAAGGAGUUGAAUUAUUAACCACUAUGCUGAAAAAAAUGAAUGAAGAUAAUAACUAUUCUUCAACUUCUACAUCCACAGUUGUGAAAAAGGAAUACGAAUCUUACCUUUUGAGAUUCUGCUACAUACAACUCCUGUCCAGUUUAACUUUUCAGCAUUAGGAGCCUGAUUUUCACUGCUCAAAGUUGGACUUCAGGCACGUUUCAGAAACCAACAGUGCAAAAGUAUUACUGUUUCCAUCCAUGCCUAAAAGAUAAUAAAUUGAAGUAUGUCUUCA